AUGGUUCGACCCGGUGUUUAUGAAUACCCCUUAGACGCCCAAAACUCUUUUGACCCGUUUGCUUUUCAAACCCCACGCUCACAAUUACCGAGAGACAUACAAGAUGACUCCGAAGAAGAAUUCGUGCCCGAUACCCAAGAGCAACAUAAUGAUGAGGAUGAAGAUGUUGUCGUACAAGAAAAACCCGUGAACCAAAAUGAAGCCGCAAAGGAAAGAAGAGGAAAAGCGAAACGGGAAAAUUGGACGUCUAAUCAAGAAGAGGCGUUGGCAAAGGCUUAUGUUCAUUGCACUUUGAACAAAAGAAAAGGCAAUCAACAAAAGUCAGAUGGUUUUUGGAACCAAGUUCUUAAGCAUUUCAAUCAAACGGUUGGAGGAAGCAACCAAAACCACCAUCAAGAUCGUUUACGUCCUAGCGGGUGUGACGAUGCUUUUGUAAUGAAGCAAGCACUUAAGGAUUACAAAAACAAAGAAAAACAUGACUUUCAUCAUGUUGCGGCGUGGGAGGUCGUUAGAACAAAUCAAAAGUGGUCGCCGGUACCGUUGUUGGGUGAAGAAAGCUCCGGCUCGAGUAAAAAAAGAAGGCCGUCGGAUUCGGGAAAUCAUAAAGCGGAUACACCUAAUGCCGAAGUCUCAAGCGGUCUUCCCGACAUGAACGAGGAUCCCUCGCCAAGACGACAAAAGAGAAAGGAGAAACAGGACAAAGGACAGUUUCAACAAACGAAGAUCCAAGAGAUAUAA